AUGGCCUGGCGCCCGCUGCUGCUGCUCCCCUUGCUCUUGGUGGCGGUUUCAGGGAAUACGGCCCCGAGGUUCAACAUCACCAUCGCUUAUGUGUCUGAGAACCUGACCGUGGGAGCCAAGGCCUUCCAGCUGACGGCUGUGGAUGCCGAUGGCGACCAGUUAUUCUAUGGCAUGAGCGGGCAGGACGCCUACUAUUUCUCUGUCAACGCCAUGACAGGUGAUGUGCUGCUGGCGGCCUCUCUGGACCGUGAGGUGAAAGCCAAACUCAGCGUCACCAUCACAGUGACAGACCACAUCAACACUGAGGUCUCUGGGAAGCUGACCAUCAUUGUGCAAGACUGGAACGACAACGCCCCCAUCUUCCAGAACCAGCCCUACAUCAUCAACCUGCCGGAGACCAAUCCAAUAGGCAGCAGUAUCUACCGAGUGCUGGCCACGGACCCCGACUCGGGCAACGCCGGCAGAGUGCGGUAUGAGAUCGUGUCGGUGACCCCCGACGAUGCCAAGAAUCACCAGCUGUUCUACGUGCUGCAGAACGGGACAGUCGGGCUGAAUGGCUCCCUGAGCUACAACAACCAGAGCACCUACUACCAGCUCCAGAUCAAUGCCACGGACAACGUGGGCUGCCUGACGGACUGCAUCUACCUGUGGUCCAUCGCCUACCUGUCCGUGAACGUGGAGGACAAGCCUGACCUGGCCCCGCAGUUCCUGAACGAGCCCUACGUGGGGUCGGUGCCCGAGAACUGCCCCCUGGGGACCUCAGUGCUGACCGUGUCGGCCAUCGACAGAGACAAGGGCGUGAACUACGCCCUCAACUACAGCCUCCUGAGUGCUGGUGUGCCGUUUGCUAUCGACCUCGCCACGGGCACCAUUACGGUGCACAGUGCCCUGGACAGAGAGCAGCUGUCCAGCGAGGAGGUGCUGCUAGAGGUGCUGGUGCAGGAGGAGAAGCUGGACAUCUACGGGCAGGUGGCUCAGGCCAGCGCCACGGUGACCGUCCAGGUGACCGAUGUCAACGACAACACACCCCAGUUCUACGACUGCGAGCUCCCCGCCUGUGACUUCACUGCCAGCCCUCAGAGCAGCUUCGGGGGCUCCCUCGAGGAGCAUUCCUCUGCCAGGGUGCCCGUGGGUGGCCUCCGCAUUGUGGCCCACGACCCUGACAAGGGCUUCAAUGGCACCUUUGAGCUGCAGCUGCAGGGCCCAGAUGCCGCCUCCUUCUCCGUCUCUCCCACAAGGAUCACGGGCACGGGGGAGGUGCAGGUCCUGGUGAAGGACCCCAGCACCGUGGAUUACGAGCAGGUUCAUGUGAUGAUAGUAGAGAUCGUUGCCAACGACACUGGGAACCCCAGCAACUGCUGCUCCAUCGCCACAGUGACCAUCCAGCUGUUUGACAUCAAUGACCACAGUCCCGAGUUCGGGCAGAGCGUGUACUGGCUGCAGGUGCCAGAGAACAGCCCAGUGGGCACUGUCAUCUCUAUCAUCACGGCCACUGACCCGGACAGCGCCAACUUUGGCAGGAUCACCUACAGGCUGCUGCCCGAGAGCAUCCUGGACAUCUUUGCGGUGAACGCCAGCAGUGGGGAGGUGCUGGUGCGGAACGGCAGCUUGCUGGACCGCGAGACCCGCUCGGUCUAUUACGUCACCCUGCAGGCCGUGGACGGGGGGAACAUGACCGGCUCCACCUACCUCGAGAUCACCCUGCAGGACGUCAACGACAAUGCCCCAGUCAUCAGCAGUUCCUACAACAUCUUCGUCAACGAGGAACAGGAGAACAUCAGCGUCCAGAUCCAGGCCUUUGACAACGACGAGCCCGGCACCAACAACAGUCGCCUGUGCUUCCAGCUGGAGCCUGGGGCCUUCAGCACCAACUUCACCAUCGACCCUGCCACGGGGGUGCUGCGCAGCCUGGGGGUGCUGGACCGCGAGGCCAUGGAGCAGGCGCUGCAGGGGAAGGUGGUGGUGACCGUGCGGGUGCACGACCUGGGCGUGCCACAGCUCAGCUCUCUCGUCAACGUCACCAUCAUCGUGGAGGACGUGAAUGACAACGCGCCCGUGUUCCUCAACGAACCCUACACGUUCUCUGUGCGGGAGGGCCUGGCAGGCGCCUUCGUCGGCAGCGUGGAGGCGGAGGACGCGGACCAGACCGAGGUCCAUCACCGAAUCUCCUUCCAGUUGGUCAGCGGCAGCGGGUCCAGCAGCUUCCUGCUGCGCUCCCUCCGCCUGGGCCCGGGGCAGUACCAGGGCAACUUGUCCCUGGACCCCGACGUGGCGCUGGACUACGACCGGCUCAGUCCAGCGUACUUCAACCUGACGGUGCAGGCGGAGAACACGGGCACUGGCGACGCCCUCAACGUGGUGCCCACCACAGUGCAGGUGCUGGUGCUGGACGUGAACGAUGAGCCACCCACCCUGGUGCUGGCCUCGCUGCAGGACGUGAGCGUGGCCGAGGACGCCCAGCCAGGGCCGCUCACCACCCUGCAGGCCUCCGACCUAGACACCAACCACUUGCUGCACUUCCAGGAGCUGGGCCUGGCUUGUUACAAGGGCACGGGGGCCGCGGGCCACGUGUGCCAGGACUGGUUCUACCUGGAGCCCAACGGCUCCGUCUUCCUCAACAGCUCACAGAUCGACUACGAGGUGUGCGACUUGGCAACCAUCACCCUGCGCGUGGAGGACACACACACCGAAGAGGGCAACCGCUACAGCAACAACGGUGGGGCUGGCCCCACGACCUCGCCUCCCGGGGCCCCCCUCCAAACGCUGAGGAUCCUGAUCAGUGACGUGAACGACAACAGCCCGGAGUUCCUGCGCAUCAACGACACCUUCGUGAGACUGCGGGCUGGGGCGGCCCUGCGUGGGUCCGUCUUCCUGUCUCCUUCGCAGUUGUGGUCCCCUGAGGUCUCCCCCGUAGAUCUGCCGGUGGCUGUGGUCAAGGCCAGAGACGCCGACUCGGGGCCACGCGGAGCCAUCACCUUCAGCAUCUCCAAAGUCCUGUUCCUCCAGGACAACGGGCCCUCCCACACCCUCACCAGUGUCUUCAAGGUGGCGACAACGGCUGAGGGGGACCUCUACAUCGGCAGCAUCCAAGUUGCAAGCAACCUGGAUGGGUCGUUAAAGGGCCGGUACCAGGUGACGGUGGAGGCCAAGGACAGCGGGACACAGUCGCUCAACUCCUCGGCUGUGCUGGACAUCUUCACCGUGGACCAGAGCUACCGGGUCCAGCUGGUCUUCUCGACCUCCGUGAAUGAAGUGCAGGAGAACUCGGACAAGAUCAAAGCGGCUCUGACGAUGGCGACCAGGGCGACGGUCUACGUGGCAGUGAUCCAGUCUGCAGCAGAUGCAUCGCAGUCCAGAUCGUCCAGGGCCCAGGAGAAGUCCGUGAUGGAGGCGUACUUCGUGUACAGCAACGGGACGGCCCUGGGGGUGAACGAACUCAGCAUACUGGUCCAGAGCAACUCUCAGGCGCUGAGCGAGCUGAUCCAGCUGGGACUGACCAUUAUCGGCCCUGGGACAGUGGUGGAGCCCAGUAAGGAGAACGAGCUGGUUGGCAUCAUCGCGGGGCUGGUUGGGGGCCUGGUGCUGCUGCUCCUCGUCAUGACGCUGGCCUUGCUGGCCACCAGCCGGAGCUACAGGAGGAAGCUGAAGGCCAUGAAAGCACUGAAGGUGGCAUCCACACUGACAGCCAGCGUGGCCCAGCAGGGCCAGCCAUCCCCGGGACAAACAAAUACAACGCUGAGGGGGCUAACCCCGUACUCAAUCUCACACUGGACGCCCCUUCAGACCUGGGCUUUGACGAGGACUCCAACGCCGACGCCGCCAGCCUGAACUCGCUGGACGAAAACAUGGUGGAGAACCCGGCAGAGGGCAGCCCUGGUCCCCCGGUGCUGCAGGUG